ACCACCACCACCACCACCACCACCACCACCACCACCACCACCCCACCACAACCACAACCAGAGGCCGAGCUCUCACGUUGGCUCUAUUACUUUUCCCAGGAUGACCAGACGCCACUGCACAUCGCGACCCUGGCAGGUAGCGGUGACAUGGUGUUCCUGCUGCUCAAGCACGGCGCAGAUCCCAACUUGACCACGCGCGACGACUACACGGCCCUCCACAUCGCCGCGAAGGACGGCCGCGCCGACAUUGUCCAGUGCCUCCUGGCCAACGGAGCCGACCCCGACGCCAGGACCAAGGUGGUUGUCUUUGAACCUGUCGUCGUUGUUGUUGUUGUUGUUGUGCGCAUAUCCCUCUUCAGCAUAUUGGAGAUCCAAUUAAAAUCCGUUGGUGAGAAGGCUAAUGGUCCCCCACUAGACACUACUAGUAGGACCGUUCAGAAGCACUCGAAUUGCAGUAGCCUUGUCGUGCACGCCCUCAAACUAAAGCUCUACUUAGAACAGAUCUCCUUCUCGCGCGGUUUCUGUCCGCUCCACCUGGCCGCGAAGAGGGGCCGUGCCGAGGCCGCACGAACCCUUCUGCAGGUCAUGCGACCGGAGAACGUUAACGCUGCCGGCCGCAACGGCCUCACACCCCUCCACAUGGCCGCUCACUACAACCACGCUGGUAAUGGCUACACUGCACUGCACAUCGCGGCUAAACGCAACCACUUGGACCUCGCCUCACUGCUAUUGGCCAACGACCGCGACCCCAAGAAAAGCACCAAUCGGGAGUCGCGUGGCGGCUUCACGCCGCUCCAUUUGGCCUCACAGGAGGGCAACGCGGACAUGGUCGGUCUGCUUCUGCUCAAUGGCGCGGAUGUUGAGCACAAAGCUAAGAACGGAGUCACUCCGAUGCACCUGGCGGCCCUGGAGGAUCGUGUCACGGUGGCCCAGCAGCUGGUCUCGGCCGGCGCCCAGGCGAACGCCGUCACCGUGGCCGGCUACACCCCGCUGCACACCGCCUGCUACGCCGGACGCCUCAACAUGGCGCGCUUCCUCAUCGCCCUGCCCACCUGCAACGUGAACGCCUCCACCAACGCCGGCUUCACUCCGCUACACCUGGCCGCCCAGCAGGGCCACUCAGACAUCGUCUACCUGCUCCUCGAGCACGGCGCCGAACCCAACGCCACCAACUCGCGUGUUGCAAGCCUCGGUGAUGGCGUCCACGUAGCCCCAGAGGUACCUGUGAACCGUCGUCUCCACGAAGAGUUUCGGCUCGAUAAAGAACGUCAAUAA